AUUGUGCAGUAACAAAGAAUUUCAGCAGUGAGCUGUGAGUUCUGUCCUUGCUGGCUUUCCCAAGUGGAAGGCUACCCUCAUCUUUUACUAAUGGCAGACUAGGACAAGCAUUACCUGGGCCUGCAAGCUUGUUAAGCACUAGGAACCCAACCAAGAACUCACCAUGCCAAUCAAACCUGUUGGAGGGAUAUGUGGGCAGGUGUUGAAGAACUUUUCUGGAAGAAUUGAGGGGAUCCAGAAAGCAAUCAUGGACUUUGUAGAUGAGUUUAAAGAUGAAUUUCCCACCAUCCUAAGAUUAUCACAGUCUAAUCAGAAAAGAGAACCUGCGCAGAGAACAUCCAAAAUCAGGAUGGCUAUUGCUUUAGCUAAGAUUAAUCGAGCAACAUUAAUUCGCGGAUUAAACAGCAUAUCCAGAUCCUCCAAAUCCAUGGCCAAACUUCUGCAUCCUCAGCUUGCAUGCAGACUUUUAGAGCUAAGGGACAUAUCUGGUCGUCUGCUGAGGGAAGUUAAUGCGCCGAGGCAACCCCUAUAUAACAUGCAGGUCAGAAAGGGUUCUUUGUUUGAAAUCAUCUCCUUUCCAGCAAAGACUGCUUUAACUAGCAUAAUAUAUGCUUCAUAUGCAGCACUAAUUUAUUUGGCAGUCUGUGUUAAUGCUGUGCUGGAGAAGGUAAAGAACAUCUUCCAGGAAGAAGAAUCCGUAAGGCAAAACAGAGAAGAGAGUGAAAAUUGUAGAAAAGCCUUUUCUGAGCCUGUGCUUUCAGAGCCUAUGUUUGCUGAAGGUGAAAUCAAAGCAAAACCCUAUAGGUCAUUGCCAGAGACGGCAGACAUUUCAGAUUACCCCAAGCUUCUUGCUAAUAAGCAGAGUAAUAACAUCCAAGUUUUACAUUCUGUGUUUGACCAAUCAGCUGAAAUGAAUGAGCAAAUCUGAAUACAGAUAUCACUGAACAGAACUUGAGUUAUCUAUUUAAUGGCACAGUUCAUCUGACAAAACUCAGAGUCUAGUUUACAUAUUCUCUGCUUUCUUAAAAUUCUUAAGAAUUGCUCUGCUUUCUUAAAAAAAAAAGAGAAGGGGGCUACUAUUAAAAUGUCAUUUUCUAGUAUUUACAUGAUAGAGUAAAUAAAAUGAAUAUUGAUGUGGAA